GUCAAAGCGAUAAUUUUCCUAUUUUCAUUUUUUAACUGUUGUGCAACGAUUCCGGGAAAAUUUUCGCUACGGAUAGUCUUCUAGAGUCUAGGAUAGUAUAUUUCAAUAGUUGUCUUGCGUGGCUAUGUUAUCAUUACUCGUGCAGUAUAUUCUUCAAAAACAUAUUGAUCAUAACGUACCAUCUCUAUACACAACCGAUUCGUAAAAAGGCAGUAUUGUCAUUGAAACCUGUCAUAAAGACGACAUUUUUCCUAAAAAAGGUAGAAGUGGUUUCUGUAACUUUAUUAUUUAUAAUACUUCAAUAAAUUCCUAAAAAGAAAUUUGUAUAAUCAUAAUGGCUAGUAGGUAUGAUACAAACAAAGUAUGCUGCAGCUCUCAUCCAGAUGCCCCUUUGAUAGAAGACUACAGGGCUGGAGAUCAGAUCUGUUCAGAAUGUGGCUUAGUUGUUGGGGAUAGGGUUAUAGAUGUAGGAUCAGAAUGGAGAACAUUCAGUAAUGAUAAGAGCAAUGUUGAUCCAUCUCGUGUUGGUGGACCAGAAAAUCCACUUCUAGGAGGUUCAGAUCUAACAACUAUUAUUGGACCAGGACGAGGAGAUGCCAGUUUUGACUCAUUUGGAGUUGCCCGUUACCAGAAUCGCAGGACGAUGAACAGCUCAGACAGAGCUUUGAUAAAUGCCUUCAAAGAAAUCAACGCUAUGGCGGAUCGUAUCAAUUUGCCUAGAACCAUCGUAGACAGAGCCAACAACUUGUUUAAGCAAGUUCAUGAUGGCCGAAAUCUGAAGGGUCGUUCCAACGAUGCUAUAGCUUCAGCAUGUCUGUACAUCGCCUGUAGACAAGAAGGUGUCCCUAGGACCUUCAAGGAAAUCUGCGCUGUAAGCAAGAUUAGCAAAAGAGAGAUUGGUCGUUGUUUUAAACUGAUCCUCAAAGCAUUGGAAACUUCCGUGGAGUUGAUUACAACCGGAGAUUUCAUGUCGAGAUUCUGUUCGAAUCUGGGAUUGCCCAAUGUGGUACAAAGGGCUGCUACGCAUAUCGCUAGGAAAGCCGUGGAGCUGGAUAUUGUACCUGGAAGGUCGCCAAUUUCUGUGGCGGCUGCUGCUAUCUACAUGGCAUCACAGGCAUCCGAGGACAAAAGAAGUCAAAAAGAGAUCGGAGACAUCGCAGGCGUGGCUGACGUCACGAUUAGACAAUCCUACAAACUGAUGUAUCCACAUGCCGCGAAUCUUUUCCCACAAGAUUUCAAGUUUGCCACUCCCAUCGAGAAUUUGCCUCAGAUGUAACAUUCAUACCACUUUACCAAUAUUAUUGUAUAGUUUAGGGUUAGGUCAACAUGAUAUUUUUGUAUAUUGUAUAUUAGGACAACAUCGCGACUGGUUUCGAGAGAUUACAAGGUUUUUGUUUUAGAAAACCAAGAAAUUGAUUUAUCUAGGUUUCAUUAGUAGACGAUUUUUUGCAACAGCGAAUAUGUUUACAACUUGGAAGAAAAGAAAAAUGGGCGCAGGCGUGAAUAAAAAAUUAGUCAACAGCACCAGCUACCAAAAAAUUUUCAGGACCAAUCGUUAAACUCAAAUUCAAUCCUACCCACGCUACUGCUUGCUUCUUCUUUCAUCAUCUUAAAAGAAUAACGCAAGUGCUUUAAAUCUAAAGUUGACCUUGAAAUACCCAUUUUCACCUCUAAAGUUCCUAACCUCCUAAAUCUUUAAAUUAACUUGCCGAUGAAAAGAUUCUGAUCCAGUCUGCUGACUGUAGACCUUGCAAACCUAGGGUUGGUGCACCAUGUCGACAAAAUAAUAGUUCUAAAUUGUUUAAAAGCCCAAAAACACGAUUUGUACGACGAUCAACACGUGAUGCACACACAAAGAACACACCCAAAUUUAUGAAUGAAGCUUUCUCGAAAAAAGUCGAAAAUUAAACCAGGAAUAGUAAGAAAUGACCUAACUGUGCCGCACUUCAUGCAAAGUUUUGACAUUUGUAACAGUGGCGCAUCAUAAUGAAAAUAUUACCGAACUCACAGCAAUUAUUAUUAGAGCUGCGGAAUUCGCGUCGGCAAUUUUUUUUGGAACAUUGGUAGUUAGGUUAUGUUUUUAUAAAGAGGUUCUGUUUCUCUUCUGAGACACAUGAAAUUCUCAUAAUGUAUAAGAAUCUCGAAGGUGAAUGCCUUACGAGGAUAUUUUUGUCUCAAAAAAAUGAAUAAAAAAAAUACGUCAGUUUUAUUUUUUGAUUUCCAUGCAAAUACCAAAUACCCAUUUCUCUUCCAGUAUAAUUUUGUAGAUGUUUCUACAAGAAACAUACAAUAAUAAGUAGUCAUUGUUUAUUUUCACGUUUUAGUUAAUACAUUUGCACAUCUUGUAGGUUUAAUAAAAGAAUAAUGGAAGUCCUUUAAAUAUAAAGUUGAUCCUAAAAUACCCAUUUUGAGUAAAAUCACAAAGCCAUCGGCCGGCAACCUCACGCCACUGAAGUUCCUAACCUCCUAAAUUUUUAAAUUCACGUAGCGAUGAAAACAAUCCUUCUACUCCAGUCCGCUGACUGUAGACCUUGCAAACCCAGGGUCAACAAAAUAAUAGUUUUCAAUAGUUUAAAAGCCCAAAAACAAUUUGCACGACGAUCAAUACGUGAUGCACCCACAAGAACACACCCAAAUUUAUGAAUGAAGCUUUCCCGAAAAAGGUCAAAUGUGAAACCAGCAAUAGUAAGAAAUGGCGCAACGUUGCCACACUUCAUGCAAAGUCUAUACUUUCAACUGUUUACGAUAUUCACAGUCGCGGCUGGAGCAUCGCACUUUUAGACGCAUAUAUAUAUAUAUAUAUAUAUAUUAUGUGUACGCCUGUGUUGACAUUUAAAAUGUCAUAUAUAUCAACGAUCUACGACAACAAUUGCUUGUUCGGCCUUCCACCUUUGAAUGAGAGCAAACACGUGAAAUACCAGUUUGGUCUAUCACAAUUUAUCGUUGGUGCUUAACCCUUUCAGUACGGACCUUUUCUAACUGUACUGUCACCACCGCCCGCCGACUCAUUUUGCAUUGUCUGGGCGCCUGAUGACCUAUAUAUACGUCACCCUAAUAAAGGUUAAAGUACAGUAACACAGGGAACAAUGCAGCUUGAAACUUUAUUACUCAAUAAAAAUCAAACAUUUUAGGCCCGUAUCGUCAGUCGUCCCAAACCGGAUUGGUAAGGUACCUCCAACCGCUUUCAAAUUGCACCACGCCGUCUCGUACGGUACCACUUUGCUUGGACAGUAAACUGUGUACGGCGACUUUGUUUAUUAAAAUUUCGCCGGCGCUCAUUUUUCUUUCUCUCAAGGUCAUCAUAGUGAAAGUAUAUUCGAAAAAGUGUCAUGCCUUUAUAAUACUUAGGACGCAAGUGUUAGUGCCGUAUGCAUGCUUACACUAGAAACUGGUUUUCUCGAAGAAGUUUCCGUUUUAGUUUAAUUAUUUUUGGUUCAUUUUGCGUAAUAGCAGGAAUUAUAAUCUAUGUUCCAUUCACUUAAUGAUGAUGAUUUUUUUGUUUUCUCAGUAUUAAGGAUGCUUAGGUGCAAAUAAAACAUUAUCAAGCUAAAAA